ACCUUUGACCACAUUUGCUAUGAUGAUACAGACUUAACAGUAAACCCACUUGAGAGACAUUUUAAUGCAACACUUUAAAUGAAAUCAAUGGGUAGUUUCAGAAUGGCAGCUGAAUGUGUGUUCUUGCCAUUUUCCCAUUUAACGAGAAGAAAAGGCCAAACAAGGACCAAUUAGUCAUAAUAAAAUAAGCUUUGAUGACAUUUUCACUCCUGAACUCUGGUAUAAAACAGUCAUCUAAGAAAGAACUGAAAGGAUAUAUGAGGAAUUUGGUAGUAUAACUGCAUGAACAUACACAUACAAUCCUGAGUGAAAAAUGAUCAGGUAAAGGCACUGUGGAUUACUUUGUAUAUGGAGAAAAUGUGCUAGCUGUGGGUUUAUGUGUAUGCAUGGAGCUUUUUGCUUCAUUUAGUAUUAACUUAUAAUUGAUCUCAGUCUCCCUUUGAAGUCUAUGCAGGUUAAACUCUGUUUUCAUUCUUUGGAUCUCCAUGAUGUUCGUGUGCUCGAGUUACCCUGUCGUCUCUUCCAUGAGCAGCAAUCCCUCCUAUUUGAAUUGCCAGCUGUAUGGGAAAUCUGAUUACUGCCUGGUCCUGCUGAAUAACUGCUUGGCCAAGGUGGGCAGGAGCGAAGAAGUGGCUGUUUUAAAGCCUUACCUGGAGAUGCCAUUCAAUAAAAGGUCCUUUCGCAACGGGGUUGGAUCAGGAAUGAAAAAAACUUCCUCUCGAAGAGCAAAGUCAUAAACAAGUGUUCAAAACCGCAGCCCCGGUUUUAGAUCUGAUGUUUAACUCUGUGCUUAAACCCAUUUGAAUGCUUUCUGAUGAUAACGCCAACAGAGACAAAUGUACCCGUGUCUUCAGUGUGUAAAGAGAGGUUGAUUUCAAAGAGCACAAGCCAAGGGGAGCAGAUGGGAUUGCUCAGAAGGGGCUUUGUUUCCAAAAGUUAUAGGAUCAUCAAAUUUUGUGUUGAAGGUUUUCAUUCGGUGAAUUCCCCUUCUUUGUAAAGCCUCAGAUUCAAUCAGGUUGCUCUUGAUUAAUACAGAAAUAAUUCUGCACUUUGAAUAGAUGUGUGCAUGCAGUCCCUUGGGAGGACUGAUGGUGUUACUCCCAUAGAGGCUAACUCACCGGCAAAGCAAAGCAUGCUUGUACCUUUCUGUCCCAAACCACAUUUACUUGAAACCAACCAUUCUGGCAACUGUAAGACAGAUUUAAGGUACAUUUCAUUUGAGAUUCCCAAAAGUAUCAAGGGCCACUGCUGAAAGAGAGAAUCAGGCCCUACUUGUAACUGGUAGUUUCUCUUUCAUAGUUAUUUAAAAUGACUUUAGCAGGAAAUAAUCCCUUAAGAUGUGUCAUUUCAUUUCCAGAGAAAUCACUCUAAGGCCGUGUAUCAGUGCUGCUCUCUUUGCCUCAAUUAAUUGACUUACAUAGGAAACACACGUCUGAUGAAAUGUGCCAAACGUCGUUUCUGUUCAUCUGCUACAGCUGUGCUGCAGUAAUUAACAAUAAGAGGUUUUAUUAAUUUCCCGGGGGGGGGGGGGGGGGGCGAAGGUCAUUUGGUCUGAAAAUAUGGAAAUGUGGUGUGUAGGAAAGGUCAUCUGCUGAGUUACGUCUGUGUGAGCUUUACCUCGUGGCUGUCCCCUCCAAAAGCAGUGUAACAAGCUGUGACAUUGGCUUGCAAACGUUGCGUGUCCAUGUGAUGCAUUCUGGAUUCCAAGCUAAGAUAACAAUAAAUCACUACGUGGAUGCUUUCUAAUA